AUGGAAAGCGAUAUGCACCCCUUCAUGCUGGCAAUGGGUCCCGACAUUCCCCACUUUACCGACCGCAAGCACUUCUACCAGGUUGAUCUCUACCCCUACAUCUGUGCAAUGCUGGGCUUGGACAAGCCGAACAGAAUUGACGGGCAGAUCGACCGUGUCCUGCCUUACUUGAAGAACAAGCCAAGUAGAGAGUACGUCGACCAAUUCCGGCUCUACGCUUCUGGAACACUACCCCACCAAGACCUUUACUGA